CCAUUCAUCUGGUUCAUCAUCGUCUACUGCUGGGUUGCUGUUGGGGUAUUUCUGUGAAUCCGACAUUUUGAUUAAAUUGGGUGUACUGGAAAUUCGAGUUCGAAUCUGCGAAUCUUGUUGGAAUUAUCGAUUUCCUUUGCGCUCUCGGUAGAAAGUCGGCCUAAUACCAAUACUGCCAUAAGCAGUGCCUGCCUCAAGGCAUGGCGAACAAACGGGUCAAUGUGCUGGUCUAUGCUGGCAACGGGAGCACACCAGAGUCAGUCCGUCAUUGUCUUUAUAGCCUCAGACGACUGCUCUCGCCCAAUUACGCAGUCAUUCCUGUCACCGGAGAUGUGAUCCUCAAGGAGCCAUGGACUGCUUCUUGUGCUCUCCUUGUAUUCCCGGGUGGUGCUGACCUUGGAUAUUGCCGCACUCUUAAUGGGGAGGGAAAUAGGCGUAUCAAGCAAUUCCUGCAAAGGGGUGGGACUUACCUAGGUCUCUGCGCAGGAGGCUACUAUGGCUGCAAACGCUGCGAAUGGGAAGUAGGUGAUAAGAAGAUGGAGGUGAUAGGCAGUCGAGAGCUUGGUCUCUUUCCUGGUAUCUGUCGGGGUUGCGCGUUCUCAGGCUUUGUCUAUCACAGUGAAGCUGGAGCCCGCGCUGCAGAAUUGAAGGUCGAGAAGGGUGCAUUCAGCGAAGAAGAGCUUCCGGACUCUUUCCGCACUUACUACAACGGCGGCGGUGUGUUUGUUGACGCUCCAAAUCUGAAAAAUCAAGGCGUCGAGAUCCUGGCAAGUUACACGGAGAAAUUACAUGUGGACCCAGGAGAGGGAGCAGCAGCUGUUGUGUAUUGUAAAGUCGGAGAGGGAGCAGCAGUGCUCACAGGGCCGCAUCCUGAGUUUGCCGCUGUGAAUCUUGACAAAUCUGCCAAUGGCCCAGACUAUCCAAAGCUCGUCGAGGAACUGGCAGCCGAUGAACAGGCACGAGCUAGUUUCCUCAGAGCCUGUCUGAGCAAAUUGGGCCUGCGAGUCAGCAAAGAGCAGACGACUGUCCCAUCUCUAUCACUAAUGCACUUGUCCUCAGCAGAGCCUCCUGCUGCGUCCGAGCUUGUUUCCUCCUGGAAGGAACUCAUCACCAAGGAAGAAGGCAAAGAAUAUAUCAAGGGCGAAAAUGAUACAUUCGAAAUUGACCAUCCUUCAAAAUGGUCUUUGGGCUCUCUUGCGAAGGCACUUCCUGGUCUAUCCGGUAAACCCAACUCCGAUGACGAUGCAGGUCAACCAGGGAUCGAUAUCGAUUACAGCAAAAUCAUCAAACGCAUACACGUGCACGAGACUGAGCAACCAUCAUUCAAAGAGACUCCAUACUUUAACCACGCAUCAUUUUACGCAAACCUUCAAAAUUACCAUGCUCGCUCCAAAGAGAGCGAAGGGGCAUUUGGACGAUAUUUAUUAUACGGAGAAGUAGUCACAAGCACAAGUACUCUGCUUGAGAAAAAUCUGAAGCUCCUUCAGCACCUCCCAACAGGCUUUACCGCCACAGCUACCACUCAAGUCGCCGGAAGAGGCCGAGGUUCCAACGUGUGGGUCUCACCCGCCGGGACUCUGCUGUUCUCGACGUGCAUCAGACAUCCAAUGCACCUGAUGAACGCCGCUCCGGUUGUAUUUGUGCAGUAUCUCGCCGCAAUAGCUAUCGUAGAGGGAAUCAGGUCAUAUGACGUUGGAUACGCGGACCUGCCAGUGAAAUUAAAGUGGCCGAAUGACAUUUACGCGCAGGAUCCCUCCAAAGGACCAGGAAACUACGUCAAGAUUGGCGGUAUCCUCGUCAACUCAAGCUAUGUUGGAAGCGAGUUUCUCCUUGUCGUUGGCAUCGGGCUGAACACGAUGAAUCCCGGACCCACCACGUCCCUGAACGACCUUCUUCCUCCACACUUACCGCCUUUUACAUUGGAGAAACUCCUCGCGCGUAUCCUGUCCAGCUUUGAGUCCAUCUACAACAGUUUUCUCCGAACAGGCUUCAAUCACGAUCUGGAAAGUUUGUAUUAUUCGCUUUGGUUACAUACAGACCAAAUCGUCACUCUAGAAGCAGAAGGCAGCAUCCGCGCUCGCAUCCGCGGCAUCACUCGCGACUACGGCUUGCUUGUCGCCGAGGAACUCGGUUGGGAAGAUCGACCUACCGGCCGCGUCAUACAAUUACAAAGCGACAGCAACAGUUUUGAUUUCUUCAAGGGCCUAGUCAAGCGGAAGGUAUAACAAGUUCCUUUAUUUGCAGGACACUGAAAUUCGAUAAUUGAAAUUCGAUAAUUAAUCACGUCGUCGUCAUCAUCAUCAUCAUCAUCAUCAUCAUCAUCAUCAUCAUCAUCAGAAUACAUGUUUUAGCCCAUAGAUGAUCCAGAGAAGCAAGCAAGAGAAGCAAAAGAAGCAGUA